AUCACAGAGGGUCCACCGUAAGCUCCAGAAUGGAGACCAAGCCGGUUAUCACCUGCCUUAAAACCCUCCUCAUCGUGUACUCCUUCGUGUUUUGGAUAACAGGAGCCAUCCUGCUGGCAGUGGGAGUAUGGGGGAAGUUGAUGCUGGGCCCGUACAUCUCCCUGAUAGCCGACAACUCCACCAACGCCCCGUACGUCCUCAUUGGCACCGGAACCGUCAUCAUCGUUUUUGGCCUGUUUGGAUGCUUCGCCACCUGCAGAGGAAGCCCAUGGAUGCUGAAACUGUAUGCCAUGUUUCUGUCGCUUGUCUUCCUCGCUGAGUUAGUGGCUGGGAUCUCUGGAUUUGUGUUUCGCCACGAGAUAAAGGGAACCUUUCGCAGGACCUACACUGACGCAGUCCUGAACUACAAUGCUGAGGAUGAAGCGAGCCGUGCUGUGGACAACUUGCAGCACAAGCUGCGUUGCUGUGGAGUGUAUAACUACACCAGCUGGCUUGCCAGUGUGUAUUACCCAUCCAACGGCAUUCCUGCAAGCUGCUGCUCUAACUCCUCUGACUGCAACCCAGAAGACCUCCGCAAUGCAACUAUAGCCCCGAACAAGGUCUACCACCAGGGCUGCUAUGAGCUGGUCACUUCAUUCAUGGAAACCAACAUGGCCAUCAUCGCAGGAGUGACGUUUGGGAUCGCCUUCUCACAGCUGAUUGGCAUGUUGCUGGCCUGCUGUCUGUCCCGGAUCAUCACAGCCAAUCAGUAUGAGAUGGUCUAGCUGAUGUGAUGUGGCAGGGAGAUGAAGAGAAGAAGCAACAAGGAGCCUCGACACAUGACAAGAGUAAAUUCCCGAAACACUAUCACACGUCUGAAUUGGAAUUUACCUCCCUCCGUCUCUCUGCCUGUGUUCUUAAUGUAAUAUCUUAAUGUAUCUUAUUGUAAAGCACCAUUCCUUGACUCACUGCUGUUGCAUCAAAGCUUUCUAUACCACACAUCACACUUUUGCUCGAUGUGGAAGUUGCUCGUUGACACAUAUCUUGGAUCAGGUCAGCCUACAACAAGCGGGUAGACCAGAGUUGUCUGAGUCGACUGCGGUGUUGGUCUCAGAUAGGUGAGUGGGUGCAACUUGGCUUCUCAGUUGGAUGCAGCAUGCUCCACCGAUCGUCAUCAGAAGACCACUGCACAUCUUUGUACAGAAUGACAUUACUAAAGCUUGAAAGUAAUAAUUUAAUAGACAGGUUUAGUUUUGCAUUUGACUUUGCUAUUGCUCGCCAUUGUAUAUUUCUAUGGUUGUGACAUUUUGUGAACUGAUUACGUGUACUGAGGAUAUUUUAAGUUUAUAUGAAAAAUAAGGAAACUGACAAAAGAAAGAAUAGGGAGAGCUGUUACAGAGUAUUUUUACUAGUAGAUGAGGUACAACAUUUUUUGACCUGAGUAUUUAAUUUAACUUGAAGGCAGUUACAUUUUAAAAUUGUAAUUCAGUAUCAGUUGAAACUUUAGCCUGGAAUAAAAACGUAAGACCACAGAUGCCAAAUCUUAGCUGUAAAACUCCCACAGUAACUUAAAAUAACAGUCAAUUUUACCUGAAUUUACGGCUUCUCAAUACACUUUACAUGAUACUUAACGUCAGUUAAUUAGUUUUUACGGGAGAAGAGAAAUAUAUUACAUCGAGCAAACGAACAAAUUAGGGUCACUUGAGGAACAAAACUGUUACACCGUAGACUGAAGGCCCCGUCAUACCAGAAAGUGACAAACUGUCAGUCAACACUGAUGUUAGUUGGGCCGCUAACAGGACAAUAACAGCACACAAUAACAGUUUAACCAAAAGAUGGAUUUGUUGCAUCAAAUCCUGUCUCAUAAUUGUCUCAGAACUAAUCCCAUUUUGUGGAACUGUUUGUACUAUGACAGAGAGGGAGGUUAAAUAAAAGCAGAUGGUGCAAUUCAGCUAAUAUGCUACAACAGACACUUUGCAUGGCAAACAUUUUUGACUUUUCAAUGUAGGAAAACCUUGGCUCCAUUACUUUUAAGUGGCCCAGUGAGCCAUGGCAGCGAGUGAGCAUACCAGUGCCUCACCUAAAUGGAAUGCAGCCAUCGUUUAUGUUUUUAGUUCCACCUGUGCUCUUCCUGCUUUAACAAGUCAAAAUAAGUGCCAUUAAAACUAUCUAUAGCUUCCUUUAUUUUGGACUCCCCGGCUCUUCGCUCCCUAAAAGAGCAGUUCUCAGCUGUCAAGACGGCUCGAUUGUCGGUCAGCGACGCACGUUUGUGUGUCCAAGCGCAACAAAAGUUACAAAAGUCGCCAGGAAGAGUGACAGGGGGAAGGAGUUUUGGAUGCCGCUCUACGGUCCAACAAGCAUUUAAUUUGAAGCCCGCUGACACUUUAGUAAUGUUUUAGUACUUGCCUUUCUGAUUUAUGUAGAAGUAACUGACUAAAUUUCAAAAUGUCACGAUUUGGCUUUAAAGAGCAACUUAAAACCAGCUGAAAAUGUUUUUCUUUUCUUUUUUGCUGACCUCUAGUGGUUGAAAUUGUCACCUCGCUGCCGUGCACCUGACAUCGCUGUUGGGUGUGGUUACAGGCGCCCCAAACCAAGGAUGCUGAAUGUGACGGUCCUGAAAUCUGUAAACCAAAAGAGGUCAGCAAAACAAACCCUUUCAGCCUGCUAGGGUCAUAUCAAAUCAUUAGGGUCAGGAAAUGUUUCUUCUAAUGGAAAGCAAUGCCAGCUACAAUGAGAGAAGUCGACGUUACAGAUACACGGGACUCAAACAGUGUUCAUCUAGUAUUUACAGUAUUCUAUGUAGUGCAUCAACAUGCCGCCAUCAUCAUCACCAUCUGUAGAUAUGUAUUGGAAAUGUAAUUUAUAUGAUGUAAGGUUUCUCAUUCUAAUAUGCUAAUAUAUAAAUGUCGUGUCAGAGUUUUGAUUCUGCACUUUGUGCUGUUAAUCUGUGUUUGAUAGUUUAUAGGAAACUCGCAAUGAAAAAAUUGUUGUGGCCAAUGUUUUGUUGAGAGUAACGUGCAACAUGUACCUGUUUCAGUUUGGCUGUAUAUUUAUUAUGAUUUGGUUGGCAUUAAGUUUACAGUUUCACCAAGUGAUUUUCUAUCUCUGUUUCAGUGUGUGUGUGUGUGUGAGUAUGUGUGAUUUUGUGUCCUUGUAUGACUAUCCCCCGUAACCGUCGCGCGUGUAGCUUCCUUGUAUGACCAGGUUUGUUUGGGUGAGAGAGCGUCUUGAUUUCGUGGCUCCUGUUGUGUUCAACUUUGGUCAGUAUUUGGUUGUGGCUUUUAAAAACCUUAUUGCUUUUAAAGCCGUAAAGUUAUUUAGUGAAUGUAUGUUUUCCAGCACUCUGAAACUUGUUUUCCUCCCUCAAGCUGAUAUUCUCCUGUAAAUACUAAGUUGUAAUACCAUCCAGCGUACACAUGGGGUCACCAGACACUCAAAAGAAUUGCACCAUGCUGUCUACUACUGACUAAGUCACCAUCAGUGGUCUU